AUGAUUCAGACGACGGAAGAUUUGUGUCGCAAACUCCAGAAUCUUGAUAAUGAAUGGAACAAGAAAAAUCACGAUGUUGAAGAUUGCCUAAAGAAAGUCGAAGAAAUAACAUCUGGAUUAACUAGAUGUGCAUUCCUUCCGAAAAAUGAAUCAGAAGCUUCUCGACGUGAGCUUCUUGUUGCUAGAAGUACACUGGAAAUAGCAGCUAUGUUGUGUUCCGAGAAACAAGAUAUUCCUGCUUUCGAGCAUUAUAUGUCCCAGUUAAAGUGCUACUACUAUGACUAUAAAGGAAAUCUCCCAGAUUCACCCUAUAAGUAUGAACUUCUUGGGCUAAAUCUACUGUUUUUGUUGUCGCAGCGUAGACUAGCUGAUUUCCACGUUGAAUUAGAACGGCUUACGAUUGAAGAAAUCACUUCCAGUGUAUAUAUCAAUCACCCAGUCUCUAUGGAGCAGUAUUUGAUGGAAGGCAACUUUCACAAGGUCUUCCUGUCCAAAGGUAACGUGCCGUCCAAGAGAUACGAUUUCUUCAUCGAUAUAUUUUUGAACGCAACCAGAGAGGAAGUCGCCUCUUGUAUAGAGCAUGCGUACGAAACGUUGUCACUCAAAGAUGCUACUCCUAUGUUGUUUUUUAGUUCAAACAAUGAAACAAAAUUAUUUGCUGAAAAGCGAGCGCCUACGUGA